GAAAAGUAAUUUAGCCAGAAAGGUUUUGAUGCAUUUGGUUUGGCUGUUCCAGUUGCAGUGGGGACCUAAGAAUGAGCAUCGGCAUAACUACAACAUUCUCAGACACGGAACUUCCCCAGUAGAAAUGAGUGGUUCCGGAGCAGGAGCAGGAGCAGGACUCGACUUCACUUUAUAAUUUCCACCUAAUCGAUUGUCUGCAUAAACUUAACUGACGAGCGCGAGCGAGCUUCAUCACGUUUGAUUUAUGGUUCUGCGUAGGUCGGAUCGGAUAGAGUGAAAUUACACCGUUAUUGGGGCCCCUUUGAUUUUCUCCCAGAAUAAGAAUCUGAUCAUCGAAAAAUUAUAAAUAUCAAAUUGAAGAAAGAGAAAGACGGAUUGUAAAUUUGCAGUGGAGAAGAAAACUAGAAGAGAAAUCGAACGAGAGGGAAAGGAAGAGGUAACAAUGGCAGCGGAUGUACCAUGUUGCGGGACGAAGUUCUCAGUAUACGUGCUUGUGAUCGUAGGAUUGGUUUGCUUCGCCGGUCUGAUGGCAGGUCUUACCCUCGGUCUCAUGUCUCUCGGCCUUGUCGACCUUGAAGUCCUCAUCAAAUCCGGCCGCCCUCAAGACCGCAUCCACGCCGCAAAAAUAUUUCCAGUGGUAAAGAAUCAACAUCUAUUACUGUGUACACUGUUGAUUGGGAACUCUUUAGCGAUGGAGUCUCUUCCAAUUUUCUUGGACAAGCUUGUAGCUCCUUGGGCAGCAAUACUGAUUUCAGUCACCUUGAUCCUCAUGUUUGGAGAGAUAUUGCCACAGGCUGUCUGUUCUCGAUAUGGCAUGACAGUGGGAGCAACAAUGGCACCCCUUGUUCGUGUUCUGCUUUUUCUGUUCUUCCCUGUUGCUUAUCCAAUCAGUAAGGUGCUAGAUUGGAUGUUGGGCAAGGGACACGCUGUCCUUCUACGAAGAGCAGAACUUAAAACAUUUGUGAAUUUUCAUGGAAAUGAGGCUGGAAAAGGUGGUGACUUGACACAUGAUGAGACUACUAUCAUUGCUGGUGCCCUUGAGUUGACAGAAAAGACUGCAAAAGAUGCUAUGACCCCCAUAUCUAAAGCAUUUUCUCUUGAUCUGGAUGGCAUUCUUGACUUGGAGACACUAAAUGCAAUAAUGACAAAGGGUCAUAGUAGAGUUCCUGUUUAUGCUGGAAAUUCAACUAAUAUAAUUGGUAUUAUCCUGGUGAAAAAUCUGCUAACAGUUGAUCCAAAAGAUGCAGUUCCUAUAAGAAAAAUGACCAUAAGGAAAAUCCCUAGGGUUUCAGAAAACAUGCCUCUUUAUGAUAUUCUGAAUGAAUUUCAGAAGGGUCACAGCCACAUAGCUGUUGUUGUAAAGGGUCUCAAUGAAACAAAGGAGACGCCGAGGAAAACUAAAGAGGUGCAACACAUGGAGAGUAAGCUGAACACAAGGAAAAAGAGUGCCCAAUCCAAUGCAACAACAGUAGAGGAAGAACAUGACAAGGUGGGCUCUUCUUCUGGGACCCAGGAUGUGGGGACUAAAUCAGAGAUGUGUGAUCCUCACAUAGCUCCCAAAAGGAAGGAUGGAGAUCAGCAGUUACGAAAUCGUCCUGCCGCUUCAUCUGGGUUGAUGAAAGGACAUAGAGGUUGUUCAUAUUGCAUUUUGGAUGUUGAGAAUGCUCCUAUUCCAGUGUUCCUGCGCAACCAAGAGGUUGUGGGUGUAAUUACAAUGGAGGAUGUGAUUGAAGAACUUCUACAGGAGGAGAUAUUGGAUGAAACUGAUGAAUAUAUAAAUAUCCACAACAGGAUAAAGAUCAAUAUGCAAUCAUCUCAGGGAAGGGCUCCCAACUCAAACUCUCCAUUGCCAACUCCUACUUUAUCAUCAGUCAUGUGCACCCCGACACCAACUUCACCAGUGUCCAUGGGAGAAAACCACACCCAGCAUUCUCCUGUCUCCCCUUACAUAUUGGCUCCAGGACCCACACCUACACUUUCAGUGUCUGCAGGCACCUCCAUAUCAGGUUCACCUAUCACAAACGAGACUCCAAGGUUAUGAAGGGGGGACUGGCAAUUAAGGAGACCCCUUAGUUUUGACAUUGGUUUCUAUGUUGUAUUUUAUCAAUUGAUUAAGAUGGAAAAACUUGUAUGCAUGCUGCUCUAAAUGUGCUCAGGUGCAACAAUAUUGAACGUUUCUAUAUGUUCCACUGCUCAACUUAUAAAAUGGUUGUAACAGAAACGCACAUUGGAACCCCAGGGAUAUUUUUCUCCAUGAAAAGAUUGCUUAGCGUAUCUGAGCCUUUAUGACUGCAUAAUAUACAUUUAAAGGAUCGUGACGAAUUGUUAUAUGUAUCAAAGUGACGUAUUGUUAUGUGUAUCAAAACUCAGAAUGUUCAUACGAGUUUCAAUUAUCUAGUUUGGCAUAUAUUUUAAGUUGCA